AUGCUAGAACUGUCGUGCAAUUUACAUUCAUUAGAAAAGAAAAUUGAGUUUAAUGAUUCCAUUAUAACAUGUAGUACCAACAGUCCUAUACCAAAAAAGUGUUUACGUCAGUAUGUUUCAAAGGGUAUUAGAAAUUCGGAGUUAUUAGAAAUGAUGACAAAUCCAGCACUAUGGCCUCACAGCAAGCAAAUAACAAAAGAAUUGACGGAUAUUGUUCAAUUUGAUUGGUUACCUCAAGAUUUAAUAAUUCAUAGUGAAAGGUUAGUAUCAAUAUUGAACAGUGUCGGUAAUGUGGAACUUUAUGUACAGAAGAGGUUGAAAUGGGACUGUAUAGCCGAUGUAUCAUUACUAAUGAAUAAAUACCUACUUAAUGAGAAUAAUAUGGAAGUACCAAAGGAGUUUAAUGAGUUAAAGCAGUAUGUUUACAAAAUAGAGACCUCUGCAAUUGGUUGGUGUCCACAUUCAAACAAUGAUAACACCUGUUACUUUGUAACUGCAAUGAAAAGUGCCCGUUUAAUAUUUUGGCUACUUACAUUAGGUAACGAUAUUUCCAUACAGUACUGUGGAGAAAUUGAGCAGGAAUACAGUGCUAUAAUAUCGAAAAUUUAUUGGCUAUCAUUACAGAAUUCAUUUCUACUGGUUACUUGUAAUGAACUCGGACAAAUAGUAGCUUAUGACUGCUCGAUUGAAGACAAUAAGAUAAAAAAUACUCAAACCAAAGUCUUGUGGCCUCAUACAGACAAAAUGGUGCCAAUAUCAUUCCAUUAUUACUUAUAUGAUGACAAAAUUAUAAUCCUAUUUAAUAAACAUAGGCAUUUUCUUGUACAAAUGUUCGACAGAAAUAUGGAACUUCUAUCACAGUAUGUAGAAUCGGUAAAUGAUUUUAAAAUUGUUUGCAUUACACAAAAACAUAAUGUAUUCUACUUGUGUACUGAGAAUGUUAAAAUGUAUACAAUAGAUAUAUGUAUUGAUGAUAAAAAGUUAAAUGUGGUGUUAAAUGAAAUCAAGAUAAAAGAUAUGUAUCCCGGACAUGAAUUGUGUAGUCUCGCGAUAUCUGAGAACAAAGCUCUGUAUGCAUUAGCCAUGGUGGACCAGAGAGUGCAACAUAGAAAAUUGCAGCUAAAAGUAGACGUAGUACUUCUGUGUGCUGAAACCGAAAUUGAUGCACACAUCACAAAAAUUAUCCAAAACCCUGCAAAAACUUUAUCAAAUAUGUGGGACCAAAUCGAGGUUCUAAGACUUAAAACAAUGAAAACGAAAACAUUACCUAAAAUGGAUUAUAAAAAAUUAUUAAAAGAAGGGGAGAAGGAUGUCUACAAACUUAAAGUUUAUUAUGUGUUUCUAACUUUGUAUUAUAAUUUGCAAAAGUAUGUAGUGAAAAAACGUAAAAGAUUACUACCUGAAUUAUCUAUUGAUAAAAUAAAAACCCAUAUUCUCAAAUUUCAAGCUAUAAAAACAUUGACCAGCUUAUAUGAAAGACUUCAAGACGGAAAAGAACUGAGUGAAUUCGAUCAACAAAGUUUCGACGGUUGUAAGAAGUUCAUUCAAUACUAUUGUGAAAAAUAUUCUAAAUGUAUAACUGAUUUAAUUCCACAGAAUAUUCUUAAUUCUGUGACCACAAAUAUACAACAUGUCUGUCAGUGUUGUGAUGAAGAACUAAUUGGUUUAACAUGUAAAUCUAACCAUUUAAAUAUGUUUUGUUCCCUAACAUUUACACCUAUUGUAGAAAUGAAUUAUCUUAUUUGUAAAGUAUGUGGUAUGACUGCACAAUAUGAAUUACACAAACUAAAACCUCUAUGUCCAUUAUGUGAUAGAUAUUUAAGUGACAGCUUACUGCCAUUAUAA